AUGGAUCCACCACCGGGGAAUGGUUCUCUUUACACUACACUAGACACUUCUCGCGACGAGAUUCGGCUUCUCGAAAUCACAUCCGUCGAGCCCGUAGUCUGCAAGCUUUCUAUCGUCUCUCUCCUCGAUGAGCCAGAGUUCUCCGCGCUGUCAUAUACCUGGGGUGAUGCGAGUGUUACCGAACCCAUUAUCGUGGAAGGACAAUCUAUCGCCGUGACGACGAGCCUCACUCAUGCCCUUAAAGCGGUUUACUUCCAAUGGACAGAAGGCUGUUGUUCCGAAGACAACUCUGGUCACAGGAUUUGGGUUGAUGCCGUUUGUAUCAACCAACCAGAUAUUCAAGAGAAGAACUCUCAGAUACCGCUGAUGUAUAAGAUUUACACAAGUGCGCAGCGAACCUUCUGCUGGGUUGGCCUACCGACACCGGAGUUGUUGGGCGCAUUUGACAUCUUCGCAUACUUGAUUCAAGAAUUCGAUUCCAGGUCGAAAAGUCAACAAGAAGGCGAGAACUUCAUGCAAGGUAUCGACGUCGACCUUGCGGCCUUGAUACCUCCUAUGAGCCAUCUGUUCUACACUCAGUAUUGGAGACGCAUGUGGAUCGUGCAGGAGGCCGUUUUGAGCAAAGAGGCUUUGCUAGUGUCGGGUACAAGAGCUCUUUCUCUAGCAGCAAUCAGCUUUGUCAACAAAUGGUUGGAAGUCUAUGGCUUGCAACACGAUGCAACGAGCGCUCCAGUGUCCGGAGAUGAAGAGGUUCUGGCAAUCGAAGCUACACGUGCCAAGGUUCGUGGGGGGAAGUAUCUGGCCAUGGCCAAGAUUGAGAAUGCAAAAUCGUUUGUAGAAACCAGGGCAGUGUAUUGGUCGGAAGAGACGGACAUCAUCUUUUGCCGCACUGGGAUGCACAUGUACAACAACUUCUCGACUUACGCUGCUACAAAUCCAAAGGAUCUCGUUUAUGGGUUGAUGGCCGUGUUAGGAUUCACCUUGGCUAUCGACUAUUCUCCAGCAAAAACCGUUGCAGACGUGUAUUGCGACUUCGUAGCGAAAUGGCUGUCGACCUGUGGUCCAGAAAGCGAUGAACUCGGCGGCGGUGAUCUUUGGUUCCUCGCGCAUGCUGGUAUCGGUCAUUCAUGGGAGGUGAUCCCAAGACUUCCUUCCUGGGCCCCUAAUUUUGUCGCGAUAUCGAAGUUCGAAGAAGUUCAAGGUCGCAUCUUUUGCCUGGUCGAAGAUCGUUCUAUCGAAGCAUUUGGCGAUCAUCGCCUCAUCCCGACAUGCUCAGAAGGCAGUCUACACUGUGCCGCAGCCUUCGUCGAUCAGAUUGCGGACACUGGACCGGCCAUCACCAGAUAUACUGGUAUGAACGAACCUCCUGCCCAAUGGACACAGUGGGCUGUCGAGGCAUUAGUGCGGUCACCCAUUCACCCAGAAUCCCAGCGUCAUCGUGCUUUUGGUUUGUUAGAAGCGAUCAUGCAUAUGAAUGACUACUUGAAGAAUGUUAAGCUUAAGCACACGAAAGAUUUGGUGGGCUCAACUACAUACGGUUACCCGCAGCUCUUUCACUGGUUUCUUCUUCUCCUCUUCGAAGCUUGGAGAGUCAAGUAUGAGAACGACGACGAGCACGCUUUCCAUGCUGCAUUCCGCACUGACCGCGUUUGGGAUAGCGAUGAAUUCGACCCUCACGAGUUGGCUCGUUGGAGAUUGAUGCGUACGACGCCGGAGCUCAGCAGCUGUUUACCGGGACACGCCCGAACGGUCUACGAUUGGUUCGCGGCUUUAAAAAGGAUUUCUGACCUUCGGCCGUUCGAGACAAAAGAAGGUUGCUUCGGACUUUGCCCACCACUUACGGAGAAAGGUGACAUUGUUGCCGUGCUGUGCGGAUGCUCAAAUCCCGUGGUAUUGCGGAAGAUGGGUGAUCAUUAUUCUCAUGUAGGGGUUUGUUAUGUGUCGGAAUAUAUGAGUGACGAAGAGAGAAGCGGUCUGAACGCUGCAUCGUUCGAAGCUAAGAAGAUUGAGAUCCGUUGA